AUGGAAGUCUUCAGCCUGACCUCCCUAGGAAAGAACCUGCCUAUGACGCCAACACACCAAGGGCUCCCACCCAGGGAAAUGAGUAACUUGCUCUUACCCAUUGGAUAUCCCGAUCAGGAUCGAGCCAAGCUCCGUCAGAUCUCCAAGCUCCCAACCCCCACUGCCUAUCAGGAACACUACCAGCUCUAUGGACAUGUCCAGAACCUACCCAUCUACGACGGAACCGGGUGCAUGCCCGACAGCGUCGGCCGGUGGGUGUUCGAUGGGAGUCGGGUUCGAAAGCUACAGCUAGACGAGCUAGCCAAGGGCAAAGGAGUGCCUGGGGAAUGGCGCGACAAGACCCGAGAGCUGCCAUACAAGGCCGUGGUGGGAGCCACCGCCGUACACAUCUGGACCGUGGUCUGUGACGCGGUGGCCGGGUGGCUGAUCCCCACGCCCAAGGACGGCACUACUUCCUCCGGAGAAACCGACUCAGACACAGUGACAACGGCCGCGGAAACCUGGGCCGACGACGAAGAAGAAGAUGAGGACUGGGACUACACCCUACCGGAUCUCAGCGAAGGCGGGGAGUGGUAUCAGGAGCGCGUCGAGUCCCUGAGACGAGCAACCCGAAACCUGCCGGACCAGGAGGAGGCCUACCAAGACGGACUCGAAGCGCUGAAGAUUCACAGAGACAACUACUCCCCGGCCGGGCCAAAGUACCUUCAAGUGUUAUGGUGGGAAUUCCCCCCGGAGCACCAAGAAGCGGUGCGCCGGGGAUCGUCCAUGCGUUUCCUAGUGGAUCCAGGAGAAGAGAUCGUCCCAAACCCGGCCCUGACCGACGAGCAGAUCCAGGUGGUGGGAGAAUUCGUGGAUGAGCUCGAGGCCCUUGGAAUUGUAAGGGAAGCCACCCAGAAGCUGCGUCGGGUUUGUCCCAUAUUUGUGGUACCAAAACCAGGACAGCCCGGGCAAUGGCGAUGCAUUGCCGACAUGAAGGCCGGUGGGCAGAACCCCUGCUGCAGCUUGGAUCCAAUCUACCUACCAAGCAGCAAAGACAUCCUCCCUCAACUCUACACGGGAGGAUGGACUUCAGUGGCUGAUGCAAGCAAGUACUUCCAUAACUACUACACCUCUAUGAAUCUCCGCCAGGAAACUCAGUUGUAG